GACGCCCCCCUGCCGCGCCCAGCCCCGCGCUUCCAAAUCUCCGCAGCUAGCGCGCAGCGGAGCAACCAGCGCCCCAGAUCCGCUCCAGCCCCCCGCCUCUCCAGGCCCCCCAGCCAGGUGACCCCACCAUGCCGAUCCAGCGCACCAAGUCCGUGGGCAACACACAGGCCCUGACCUCGCAGGUGGGCAUCGUCCGCCUGCUGGAGGCGCUUUUCGCCUGCGUCACCUUCAGCCUGGUGGUGCACCAGGGGAACUGGGAUGACCGUAACGGUGACUGGUGCAUGUUCUGCUGGUGCUUCUGCUUUGCCAUGACGCUGCUGGUGCUGCUGGUGGAGUUCAUCGGACUCCAGCACCGCAUACCCGUCUCCUGGAAAAACUUUCCCAUCACCUUCGCCAUGUACGCCACCCUCAUGUGCCUCUCGGCCUCCGUCAUCUACCCGGUCACCUACAUCCAGCACAGAGCCCCCUCUGGCAAAACCAAGGACUACCGCAUCGCUGCCACCGUCUUCUCCUGCCUCACCUGCCUGGCCUACUCGGUGGAAGUGACCAUGACCCGGGCCAAGCCAGGCGAGGUGACGGGCUACAUGGCCUCCGUGCCCGGGCUGCUGAAGGUGGUAGAGACCUUCGUGGCCUGCAUCAUCUUUGUCUUCAUCAGCGACCCGAUCUCCUACGACCGCCACGAGGGGCUGAAGUGGUGCCUGGCCGUCUACUGCAUCUGCUUCAUCCUCUCACUGGUGGUCAUCGUGCUGUGCAUCGGGGAGUGCACCGGCUGGCUGCCCUGCGCCUUCAAUAAGUUCCUAAGCGGCUACACGCUGCUGGCCGUGCUCAUGUACGCCACAGCCACCGUCAUCUGGCCCAUCUACAACUUCGACAGCAAGCAGGGUGGUAGGCCGCGCCGGCCCUCCAGCUGCAGCAGCAACAGAAGCUUCUGCGACUGGGAUAAGUUGGUGGCCAUUGCCGUGCUGACGGCCAUCAACCUGCUGGUCUACCUGGCCGACCUGGUAUAUUCUGCCCGGCUCAUCUUCAUCCAGGCCUAGCCGUGCCAGGGGCUGCUGGGCCGGCUGAGGGCUGGGGAGAAGGGCUGGGCUCCCACCGGGUUCUCUGGAUCUCAUCUGUCUGUCUUGUCAUCUCAUUCAUUUCUCUUCUUUUCUUUCCUUCUUUUUGCAUCCUUUUUCUCUCUCAUUUAUUGUCUCUUUCUUUCUUUUUCUUUUCCUAUUUCAUUUACUGUCUUUAUCUUUCAUUCAUUCUUUUCCUUUAUCCCUCUCUUUGUCUUUCUUAUUUAUUCUUUGCUCCCUUGCUUUUCUUUCAUUUCCUCUCAUUCAUUCGUUCAUUCGUUUAUUCGUUUCCUUUUUUUCCUGUCACGUAUUUAUUCAUUUAUUGUCUUUCUCUCUCUUUCGAUCGUUCUCCUCCUUUUCUUGGAGCUCUCUCUCAC